AUUGCUUCAAUAAAUCGGUAUCUUAGGCCUUUUUAUCGAACUUUAUAACUUUUUGGUUGAUUGGUAUUGGUAUAAUAUUAUAAUUAAAGUGUAGACAUUUAGGUGGUGCAAUUAAAACGUUUAAUAAAAGAACACAUAACAAAUUAAAAAUAAAAGUUAAUCUUUUUAUUUAACCAAUACCUACAUGUACUUCCUUUUGUUAUCGUCAUUUUUAUUGUUAAACAUUUUGGUCGGUGCUGCAGCAACCGAUCUCUGACCGAGUAAUUGUUUGGAAAACGCUUAAUUUUCUAGGAACAUGAUUUGACGUCUGUUUGUCAACUGUCACCCGUCACAGAUAAGUCAUUAUUUUAUAUAUGUGGGUUAUUUUAUUUGUGAAAUGUGAAAUGAAGUACGGAAACAUACAACUUCUAAUAGACAAGAUGACCUUUUUCUAGUAAAUAUAAAAUAAUAAUAUGGAAUGGUUAAAUUCAAUUUUGCAACCCAAAAAUCCGAGAUCUUUGACAAACUCAGAAGAAGAAUGUGAUCCCCAGGCUUGUUAUGAUAGUUUCAAGGAACACUGGCAUCAGGCCCUUAAAAUAUUUAAUAGGGUCCAGCAAAUGCCAAGCCACGAUGAUGUACUGGGUGUUGUUAACCAUUUGGAACAAAUGGUUACUUUAUUGCUCUAUGACAUUAGAAGACAAGAUAGGCUUUGUAUGUCUGUUUCAUCGUCCCAGUGUUUAGAAUAUCUUUUAGCUGAAAACAUUUUAGAUAAACUGUUUGAAUGGAGUAUACGUUCUGGAAGAUAUACCAAUGCCGUAAGAUGUGAACAGUUAAAACUAUAUGAAAUGUUAAUUAGUCAGUCAAGACACGUUUUAUUAGUACAUGAACCUUUUCUUCGACCAAUGAUAAAGUUAUUAUGUUCUUGCGAAGGUGAGGUAUUUUCUCAAGAAGUUGAAAAACUGCUAGUUGACUUACUGAAUCAGUUAAGUGCUCUCCUUAUGCAAAAUGUCGAGUUUAUAGAUUUAUUUUUCCAAGAAGUGAAAAACAUAGUGAGAUUUAUAAUAUUUUCGUUGUUGAUACCAUUCGUGCAUCGAGAAGAUUCAAUAGGGAUGCGGGCAAGAGAUGCCCUGCUAUUGUGUAUGUCUUUGUCAAAAAAGAAUAAAAAAGUAGCCAUAUACAUUGCCGAUCACUCAAAUUUCUCUGUCCUAGUAGCGUCGGGGCUAAGUGCAUUAUAUUCAGUGUUACCAAAUAUUUUAAAUGACAUAAUUGUACCUGAUUGGCAUAGGUUUACUCCUGAUGAUGUAAAUGAAAUCAAGGGUCUACUAACUUUCGUCACGUCCUUAGAAUUUAGCAAUGCAGUAGCGCAGGUUGCUCAUCCAAUGAUUCGGAAACAGUUGCAGGAAUUUUUAUACAGAGGAUUUUUAAUUCCUGUGAUGGGUCCAGCGUUGUUACAGGCUAAUAUUCAGGAGCAAGUUGCUGCUACGGCAUACUUAGAGUUGAUAUUAAGGACAGUUACGCAACCUGGGCUACUUCAUUCGUUGUUACAAUUUCUUUUAAAAGUGGAUUAUGAUGGAGAAAGACUGUUAGAUAUUUUGAUACAACGAAUAAAUUCAGGACGCCAACUUUGCCUCGUUUCGCUGGCAGUGUUCGAGUCCAUGGUUGAUCUAGACUGUGAAGAUUUGAUGUUAGAGUUGGUUUUCAAACACUUGCAACCUUGUUUACAUCUGAUGUUGUCCCAGAGAAAAAUACUAUUGCCUUUGGAUCCACAUUGUCAAAGUUUUGAAAGAUUAUUAACAUUAUCGCCAAGGUGUUGUCAAUUAGCUGAUGAUUCUAACUUGGAAGGGAAUAAUUUCCAAUGGAAUCAUUUCAAGCACAAACAAAGCUUAUAUGGAAGGUAUUAUGCCUAUCUUUGUGAUGCUCGAAGUAAAAUUGGAAGGUGCCAAAUGGCUUGUAUGAUGUGGAAUAAUUCUUAUACUGGGGAAGAUGAUAUCUCGCAUAGUUCAGAGGAGAAUUCUAGUAGUCUGAUAUCGUUGGAGCGAAGUAGUGGAUACGAAAGUUUUAAUUUGAAUUCCGAGGAAUCACGAGACGAAAGCGAUUUUUGGCUAUCUUCUAGUAGCAAUCGACAUAAAAAAACAAACAUAUCACCUACAAUAAUUGAUGAUGCUGAUCAUUUAAGUUCGUCAGCUAGUGCUGGUCCUUUUCUAACGAUACUAAUGGAGAAAUUAAGAAAUUUUUUAUCAAACACAUUUUAUAUCAAUUUACACUUGACUGGAUUAAUAUCGAGGUUGGCAGUUUACCCACAACCUUUACUAAGAGCCUACUUAUUAGAUCAUAGUUUAGUAUUACAACCAAAUGUGCCAUCCCUUUUUGAGAUUAUUGGUUUACUACAGCAAAAAAUUGAUGAAUAUAUGAGCCGUCAACCUGACAGCAUCAAUCUCAUAAAAUACGCACGUGAUUGUUUGGUUGACAGAGAAAUAAUGUUAGUUAAUUUAAGAAGGUAUCAUGCCGAACUCAGUGUAAAAAAACCUGAAACAACGGAGCCGUUUCAAAGAAAUGGCCCUAAAAGGCGCAGCCUAAAUAUCCCUCAAAUUAGUAGUUUGUUCGGAAGGAGGCCUAGCCAAAUAGAAAACAGCGUUCAGAUGGCUUCCACUCCAGAAGAGUUUCAGUUUAACUUAAUUUACCCAAAGUUCAGCGAAGGCCAGCAUGUAGCAUUAUGUGCGGUACUUUUAGAGGAGUGGGUGAAGGAGUUAGCAGCAUUGGCUCAGGAACACACUGUCGCGCAACUUGCCACUCUUUUAAAGUAAUAAUGUACAUAUGAUUUUUAAUAAAAUGAGUUGUGUAUUUCAUCAGUGAUAUAUUUAUUAUUUUUAUUAAUAUAUUGUUACUUAUUCGCAAAUUCAGUUUAUCUGUUAAUAAAAUUAUUAUCAAAAUUG